UUUGGCAAAAUGGCUGAAAUAGACUCUGCAAUGGAAGAAAAGUUACUUGGUGAUGACCAGAAUGCAGAAGGAAAAAAAGAAGGAGAUACAAUGGACACAUCAGAAAAUUCAGGAGAGUCAGAGCUGGUGGAGGUGAAGAAGGCAGAUGAUGAAGAGCCAGAGGAAGAGGAGGAUGCCGAAGGAAAAGAAAAACCAGCUGAGAAAAGAGAGGAAGAAAACACAUUACUGACAAAUGCUAUCAAGGGACCCAUCAGGCUGUCUGUUGUUUUGAUCAAGGAUCUGUCCAAUCAUGACCUGCAUCAGGUGUUACACAGGUGUUCUAAGGCCACUCUGGAAAUGGAAAGGAGGCGAGGGGUUUUGACUUUGUGGUUUGACCCAUGGAGAUCAAUUGGAGCCCUUGCUAUUCUCAAGAAACUGGCUAAACUGCAACUGUCUGGAGAAGACUUUAAAAUGGAAUGUCCAAAAGCAUUAGCAUCAAUGCUGGGAACACAGAAGAUAAAAGAAAAGUAUCCAGAUUCAAAAUUUGGAAAUAAAAAUAAAACUCUGUAUGUUCAUGACGUACCACCUGAAACGUCUGAAGAGAUUUUACGGGUCAUGUUUCCCGAUGUUUCUAGUGUCAACCUACCGGUCGAUAAAGAGGGGAAGAAACUAGGGGUAGCCAUUUUGGAUUUUGUGUCUGGAAAGGAUUGUAAUGCAGCAUUGGAAAGAAAUCCCGAAAUCCAGAUCUUGGACACUAACUGUACUGUUGAUUGGUACUUCCCAGCUCCUGAGGAUGUGGAAGAGCCAAAAGAAAGACAGAAGAAGCAACACAGAGACCAGACCAGUGGCUGGAGGAAAAGGAACCGUGGGGGAGGGUAUGGGGGGAACUUCAGAGGAGCCAUGGGGGGUGGAGGAGGCGGCGGCGGUGGUGGUGGGGGCGGCGGCGGGGGUGGAUUUGGUGGUGGUUUUGGUGGCUUCCCUGGAAACAGAGGACGCGGGAACCACAUGGGCCAUGGGGGCUUCAACAACAACAAGAGAUACAUUGCAAAGCAGGAACACAUGAAUCAAAUGUUGAUGAACCAAAUGCAGAAUUUGGCAUCAAUGGUCCAGGGAGGAGGUGGCCCCGGGGGAUUUAGCGACCAGGGGGGCUACGGUCCAGGUGGCCAAGGGGUGGAUGAUUUUGAUCAAGGAUUUCGUGACAACUUUGAAAACUAUCAGUCUGGUUAUUAUGAUGAUGACUAUUCAGCUCCAAACAAAAGAAUGAAAGAUGUGCUACGGACCUGGUUUAACCUGAGCAUAGCCUGGUCACAAUAUGCAUACACAAAGCCAGUAAUUAUACAGCAUGCAACAGAUAAUACAGAAUUCCACAAAAUAUGUGAAAAAGAUCCAAUGUUACAAAAAUAUGGGUCCAAAAAGAUAAGAUUAAGUUCUGCCAAUACCCACUCUUAUGAUAAAAGGGACGUAACUCUAAAGUAUUAUGUGGAACAUGUGAUGAAGCCCCAGACUCUAGACAUGUUGGGAAAUGAAACAUUUUACUGGUUUGGAGACAAUAAUUAUACAGAAUGGGAAGAGUUAUUCAAGCAGUACAACCCUCCCCCAUACAAAUUACCAAGAAUGACCGGAGCUUACAGCUUUGGAGUGGCAGGAGCAGGCACAGGUGUACCUUUCCAUUUCCAUGGGCCAGGAUUUGGGGAAGUUAUUUUUGGUAGAAAAAGAUGGUUCCUUUAUCCUCCUGAGAAGACCCCCUCUUUUCACCCCAACAGGACAACACUGCAGUGGCUAAUGGAGGACUACCCUAAACUACAUCCUCAGGACUUUCCAUUAGAUUGUACAAUCAACCAAGGGGAGAUAAUUUAUUUCCCAGAUAGGUGGUGGCAUGGUACCUUAAAUAUUGACACAAGUGUUUUUAUAUCAACAUUUUUAGGUUAAUAAUAAAUCUAUUUAUUUUAAA